GGCAGAGUGCAGCAGGAGAGAUUACAGCUACAAAAGAGGACAAAUAUAAAACAAAAGAGGACAAAUAAUAUAAACUGCGUCACAACAUCAUGGAGGCUGGUUUCAGCACCAAAGAUCUGCUGCACAGAUUAGAUGUUCCUGUCUGUGAAUUCUGCAAGUACCAUAUGGUGAAAGACAGGCCAGACCAUGCUGUUUUCACCAGGAAAUUUCUCUUCUGGGAUGGUUUGUCUGGGGCGAUGUGCAGAAACAUUCUUCCACCAAACAUGAUGGGUGCAACAACAUUAAAAGAAUGUUAAGCAGAAGCUGAUGAUUAAAGAAGAAGCUCCUGAAGACCACACACCUUGUGUUAACCUGCAUGACCCAAAGCUUCAGCACAUAAAGGAGGAACAGGAAGAAGUCUGCACCAGUCUGGGGGGAGAGCAGCUCAAUGGGAAGGAAGAGAUUGAUGCCUUCAGGUUCCCAGUCACUGCUUCUCCAAUAAAGAGUGUGGAUGGUAAACAGUCGCCUCUACUCUCACAGCUUUAUCAAGACCAAAUUGAAGGCAGAGAGCUUCUAGAAGACAACGAUGGAGAAGAAUCCAUCAGGAUACAAGAUCAUGGAGAUGGUUCCAUUUCAUCAGAGACCGAAGACACCGAGACAGAUGAAGGUGAUGAUAAUAGAAAGCAUCCCCUCUCUGAGGUGAAACACUUGUCAGAAUCUGGUCUGAAAAGUAAGGACAUGAAAUGUGACUGGAAAAAGAGCAGAGCUACUGGGUCAAAUGGAAACACUGUUAACAAAUCUUUUAGCUGCUCUGAGUUUGCUGAACAAUUUGAUCACCAUCGCUCUCUUCAGGAACACAGGACCGAAUCAGAAAAGGGGUCUUCAAGCGCUCUAGAUAAUAAAUGUUCUAUAGAGAAGAAAAAUGUGGAGUCACAAAGGAAAGUCCAAACAAGAGUGAAGUUUUCCUCUGAAGACUGUUGUGAAACAUUUAAUAGAAAAAACACUUUAAACGUGCAUAAGAGAAUCCACACAGGCGAGAAGCCUUUUUGUUGUGAUCUAUGUGAAAAAAGAUUUAGCCAUAAACUAAAUUUAAACUUGCACAUGAGAAUCCACACAGGAGAUAAGCCUUUCUCUUGUGAUCUUUGUGGACACAGAUUUACGCAAAAAGGCGGUUUAAACAAACAUAUGGGAACCCACACAGGAGAUAAUCCUUUCUGUUGUGAUUUUUGUGGACAAAAAUUUAGCAGUAAAGAAAAUUUAAACGUGCACACGACAAUCCACAGAGGAGAUAAGCCUUUCUGUUGUGAUCUUUGUGGAAAAAAAUUUAAUCAUAAAUCACGUUUAAAGGCACACAUGAUAAGCCACACAGGACAGAAACCUUUCUGUUGUGAUCUUUGUGGACAAGGAUUUACCCAAAAAUCAAGUUUAAACACACACAAGAGAAUCCACACAGGACAAAAACCUUUCUGUUGUGAUCUUUGUGGACAGAGAUUUAACAAGAAAGGAAGUUUGAAAAGACACAUGAGAAUCCACACAGGAAAUAAACCUUUUUGUUGUGAUCUCUGUGGAAAAAGAUUUAACCAAAAAUCUAAUUUAAACACACACAUGAGAAUCCACACAGGACAGAAACCUUUCUCUUGUGAUCUUUGUGGACACAGAUUUAGCCAUAAAGGCUCUUUAAAUACACAUAUGAGAAUCCACACAGGACAGAAACCUUUCUCUUGUGAUCUUUGUGGACAUAGAUUUAGGCAAAAAGGCGGUUUAAACAAACAUAUAAGAACCCACACAGGAGAUAAGCCUUUCUGUUGUGAUUUUUGUGGACAAAACUUUCGCAGCAAAGAAAAUUUAAAAGUGCACACAAGAAUCCACACAGGAGAUAAGCCUUUCUGUUGUGAUCUUUGUGGACACAGAUUUAGUGAAAAAGGCUCUUUUAACUAUCAUAUGACAAUCCACACAGGAGAUAAGCCUUUCUGUUGUGAUCUUUGUGGACGAAGAUUUAGCACAAAAGGAUCUUUAAACAAACACAUGAUAAUUCACACUGGACAGAAACCUUUCUGUUGCGAUCUUUGCGGAAAAAGAUUUACUCAUAAAUUAAGUUUAAAUGCACACAUGAUAAGCCACACAGGACAGAAACCUUUCUGUUGUAAUCUUUGUGGCCAAAGAUUUACCCAAAACUCAAGUUUAAACACACACACAAGAAUCCACACAGGACAAAAACCUUUCUGUUGUGAUAUUUGUGGACAGAGAUUUAACAAGAAAGGAAGUCUAAAAAGACACAUGAGAAUCCACACAGGACAGAAACCUUUUUGUUGUGAUCUCUGCGGAAAAAGAUUUAACCAAAAAUCAAGUUUAAACACACACAUGAGAAUCCACACAGGACAGAAACCUUUCUGUUGUGAUUUUUGUGGACAGAGAUUUAGCCUAAAACUAAGUUUAAAUACACACAUGCGUAUCCACAAUGGAGGGAAAAUGGCUAAGCUAUGAAUACUCAAACUGCACAGCUAUGGUUUGCUGUAAAAUAUUUGUGCAUUGUCAUUAAAGGCAACAGUCUUCACUUGUUUUCUGUUUUUCUCUAGUGGCCAGUUUUUGUAUUUUAAUCUUAAAACAUUUUUUUUUAAAGGUACAGAUUUUUUUAGUUGUAUAACUGGUAGUUCCUUUGCCAGGUAUGUUGUAUUCACUGUAUAUUUUCUAUUGUUCAGCGCAGGUUUGUUCCCACUGCAUGUAAACAAUUUUAUUGUUUCAGAUACAGAAUCGGCACACCUUCCGGUCAAUGAGUUGACCUUGAACUCCUCUGUAUAUCAGAGCAUCCUACUGUCAAGAUAAAGUCAGCUGAAGCUUGGACCAAAGUGGAUCAUCAAUAGGACACUGAUGCCAAAUACAGCAGAAAAUCUAGAAAGGAUCAGCUUGAAACAUAAGGAAUCAAGGAGCUACAACAGCUUAGUUAAAGCCUAAACCAAAACCUGAUUGAACUACUAGGAUCUAAUCAGUGCUGUGCAGAAAUUAUGUCUUCUAACCUCAAUGAAACCAAUCAAUGGUGAAAAGAGAUUUGAGGUUAUUUCUUUGUGUGUCUGCUUUCACUCCUCUCAGCCAGUCAGUAACAGCAGAUGGGUGUUCAUCCAGACCUGGGUUCUACUGAAAAUUUGCUCCUGUUGAAACAGUUUUUCUUUCCAUUGUCACCAGAUGCUUGCUCAGUAUGGAGGUCUGCAGUGAAGUCAAUGCCUUUAUGCUGUUGGCUGAGUUUCCUUAAAAGGAUAACCCUUACCAGUUGCUAUUAUAUUCCAUAUUUGGCUUCAUUGUGUUACAACUAGUUUUGAAUUAUCUGUCAUGUCAUUGAAUUUUGUGUCUAUGUGAUUGAUUUUAUAUUUCUGGAUAUAAACUGCACAUGUUUUCCUUAUAAGGUGCUUUCAAGUGACAUUUGUUAACUACUGCUAUAUAAAUAAAGUCAAUUUCAAUAUGAUAUUUGAGCUUCUUUAAAUUGAAUAACUUUAAUAAACAUCUUGAUAUUCUGAUUUAA